CCCCCACCCCCACCCCCGACCUAAGCAGCUACCAUGUCUGAGGUCCCCGGCGCGGCGUUGUCCCAGGCGGGUUGGUAUCUUUCAGAUGAAGGCAUUGAAGCUUGUACAAGUUCUCCUGACAAAGUCAAUAUAAAUGACAUCAUCCUGAUUGCUCUCAAUACAGACUUAAGAACAAUUGGCAAGAAAUUCCUCCCCAGUGACAUCAAUGGUGGAAAGGUAGAAAAGCUUGAAGGUCCAUGUGUUUUGCAAAUUCAAAAAAUUCGCAAUGUUUCUGCACCAAAGGACAACGAGGAAUCUCAGGCUGCACCAAGAAUGCUGCGUUUGCAGAUGACUGAUGGUCAUAUAAGUUGCACCGCUGUUGAAUUUAGUUUUAUGUCCAAAAUAAGCCUGAACACACCACCUGGAACUAAAGUGAAGCUCUCAGGCAUCGUGGAUAUAAAAAAUGGAUUCCUGCUCUUGAAUGACUCAAACACCACAGUUCUUGGCGGUGAAGUAGAACACCUUAUUGAGAAGUGGGAGUUACAGAGAAGCUUGUCAAAACACAAUAGAAGUAAUAUUGGAACUGAAGGUGGACCACCUCCUUUUGUGCCUUUUGGACAGAAGUGCACGUCUCAUGUCCAAGUGGAUAGUAGAGAACUUGACCGAAGAAAGACAUUGCAAGUCACAAUGCCUGUCAAACCUACAAAUGACAAUGAUGAAUUUGAAAAACAAAGGACUGCUGCUAUUGCGGAAGUUGCAAAAAGCAAAGAAACCAAGACAUUUGGAGGUGGUGGUGGUGGUGCUAGAAGUAACCUCAACAUGAGUGCUGCUGGGAACCGAACUAGAGAAAUCUUACAAAAAGAAAAGUCAGCCAAGCCGGAGGGGAAACAUGAGGGUGUCUACAGAGAACUGGUUGAUGAGAAGGCUCUGAAACACAUAACAGAAAUGGGCUUCAGUAAAGAAGCAUCGAGGCAAGCUCUUAUGGAUAAUGGCAACAACUUAGAAGCAGCGCUGAAUGUACUUCUUAACAGCAAUAAACACAAACCUGUUACAGGUCCGCCUCUGAGAGGUAAGGGAAAAGGCAGGGGGAGAAUAAGAUCUGAAGAAGAGGAGGAGCUGGGAAAUGCAAGGCCGUCAGCUCCAAGCACGUUAUUUGAUUUCCUGGAGUCUAAAAUGGGGACUUUGAGUGUGGAAGAACCUAAACCACAGCCACAGCAGCUUCAUCAGGGACAACACCGAUUGUCAAAUACUGAGCAAAAUGGAGUCAAAGAUAGUAAUCAACCACGGUAUCUGCCUCGAAAUGAUACCAGACAGCCAAGAAAUGAAAAGCCUCCUCGUUUUCAAAGAGACCCCCAAAAUUCAAAGUCAGUUUUAGAAGGCAGUGGAUUACAUAGAAACAGAGGUUCUGAAAGACCAAGUACUUCUUCAGGAUCCGAAGCAUGGGCUGAAGAGAGAAUCAAGUGUGAUAGACCCUAUUCUAGAUAUGACAGAACUAAAGAUGCUUCCUACCUUUUAAGCUCUCAGCACAAUGAUGGUGCUUUUAAAAAAAGGGAUAACUCUAUGCAAAGCAGAUCAGGAAAAGGUCCGUCCUAUGCAGAGGUAAAAGAAAACCCACUUCCUCAAGAAUCCAUUGACUAUAAUAAUCAAAAACGUGGGAAAAGAGAAAACCAAACAACAAAUCCUGAUCAUUUUUAUGACAGGAAACCACGAACAAUAAAUAACGAAAGUUUCAGUGCUGUAAAAAUUGAAAAACAUUUUAAUGUAAAUACUGAUUUCCAGAAUCCCGUCCGAACUAAUAGUUUCGUUGGUGUUCCAAAUGGAGAGACAGAAAUGCCACUGAAGGGCAGGCGAGUAGGACCUAUUAAGCCAGCAGGACCCAUCACAGCUACACCCUAUGAUGAUAAAGUAUUUUACAAUAGUGGGCCCAAAAGAAGAUCUGGGCCAAUUAAACCAGAAAAAGUACUAGAAUCAUCUAUUCCUAUGGAGUAUGCAAAAUUGUGGAAACCUGGAGAUGAAUGUUUUGCACUUUAUUGGGAAGACAACAAGUUCUACCGAGCAGAAGUUGAAGCUCUCCAUUCUUCUGGCAUGACAGCAGUUGUUAAAUUCAUUGAUUAUGGAAACUAUGAAGAGGUGCUACUAAGCAACAUGAGGCCCAUUCAGACAGAGGCAUGGGGUGGCCAUAACUGAUGAGCACAUUGUCAUUCCUCACUGUAGCUCUUCCAUUCAAAGGUGUUUGCUACUGAGUGAUCAUUUUCUUUCUAGUCAGUGAUUUUUCCUUUCCCCCUUUAAUACCCCUCUUUCUGUUAUCAUUAAUUUUUAAGUCAUUGUAAACUUAGCUGGACAAUAAAUUUCACAGAUGUCACAGUCCAUGUAGUGUUUCUGAGCCAAGCAGUACUUUUCUACUUUCUACCCAUUUGUGAAUACUCAUCUAUUCUCUUUUCUAAUUUUUUUUUUUUUUACUUAUUUACUUUAUUUUGCAGUCAACCUAAAAAUCUUUUAUAAGAUGCUUGAAAUAUUUUACAGUGAGAAGCACGAGAGAAUCACUAAAUCUUUUGGAGAUUCUGGUAUUACUUUUCUGCUGUGAUUGUUGAUAUUCUAUGAUUUUGCAUAAGUUAAUAUGACAAAUAAGUUGGAUCAUGAACAUCGUUAUUGGGGAUAAGAUCAUUCUUCAUUCUUUCUCUGCAUGAGUAAUUGACUUAGUUUGUAGAAUCAUCUCCUUGAUAUUCAGAAGCCACUUGCUUAACAUAUCUUCAUCCAUCUCCAUUUUUUAAAAGUACAUAUGUGCAUAUAUACAUAAAAAGGCCCUGAAGAAAAGCUGUUUAUGCGGUUGUCAAUACAUUUAGUGUAGAGUUGGUCUGGAGUUCUCUUGGCCUCUGAGAGUAUUAAUGUUGGGGUCUAUGAGCACUUUUUCUUAUUGUAACUGGAAUUGUGGCAAGUUUUAAAUUAAAGCAAAAUAUCCACUAUAUCAAUAAGAGGAUGAUUCUAAUUGGUAAACAUACUAGAAAAAUUAAAGGGCUGCAAAGGUACAGUGUUCAUUCACCCCAUGGAUUGUGUAAUUUUUAAUUUUUAACUCUUGGUCUCUUUUUAAUUGUGAAAUUAUAUUUUAUCUCUUAGAAGGUGUUUGUUUCUUAUUGGUAUAAGAUUUGGGAAAAACCUCCUUUUCCUAAAUGUAGCAGUGGUCAUUCAUUGAAGAUGUUUCUAAUAGUUUGCAGGAAAAACAGCCCAAAAGCCUGCAUAUAAACCAAAAGCUUUUAUAGAAAUCAGUUGCCUGUAUUAUCUAUUAAAGGUGUAAGGAUAAAUCAUUAAAUAAAAAGCAUGAAAUAUUAAGAGACUCAAUGACUAAGUUAAUAGUCUCUCAUAUGGAAAAUUAAAAUAAAAAUCUACCUAUUACUUUAAGGGUUAGUAUUUUUCUCACGAAGUUUAGGAAUUAUUUGCCUUUGCUCUCUACACUAAAUACCUACUUUUCCCUUUCCAUAUGGGUACGUAUUUUUCCUUCCAGAACAUAUUCAGUGAUGAUAUUUCAGAUGGUGAAAAUAUAUGUUCUGAUUAUGAUUAAGUACUUUAUUUCCUCCAAAAUGAUUUAGUAAACUUUUUAAUAAGUCAUCCUUGAUUUUUUUUUGUUCUAGCUAGAUUUCACCUGGUUCUUUUAGAUGUCGUUAAAUAUUCUCUCUUAACUUUAGCAUAUUUAUUAUAGUGAACUCUCUAACUAUCACACAUAAUGUGGGGUUCAUAACUUAUUCUUAACUGGAUAAAUGCUCUCGCUUUUUUCCCCCAAUGUUCUUUGAACAUCAUACGAUUUUCCUUGUUUUUCCAAAGUAAGUGAAGCGUUAGGGAGUCUCAUAUUAUUUAUAAAAUUAUAUAGGAAAAAAAGUAUACAUAUAUUAUUUUAUAUUUCUGAUUACUGUAUGAGAAAACAUUAGGGGCGAAGAAAACUGCUGUUUGUGUUUCCUGCAGGCCCUUUCCAAAUUGGUUCCUUUUAACUCUAAAACUAAUACCAGGAAACCAGUAAAAAGAUGCCUCAGGCAAUUUGGAAUUAUUGUAAAAUACCCUGGUGCUGCUGCUCAGACAAACCUUUUUGUGUUUUUAGAGUGUGGUUUCUUCUGAAUUGCCUUCCUAAGCUUGUAGAGACACUUGUCAAGUCUUGAUUUUCCAAGUAUUUUUAUGACCUGGAUUCUAUUGAGACUUUUAUAUCCCAAGAAAUGUUUUAGAACUUGCUAGUUUGUAAACUUUCUUUUUAUAAAUUCAUCGUAUUUGCUUCUUAGUAUCAGGAAAUAAUUAUUGUUCAGCUAUUGUUCCAAAUAAAACCAUUAUGAUUACAUAGGUAAUGCUUAGUUCCAAGGCCUUAACAUACACAUCAUCUUGGUCAUUAAUUCUGGACAGAUGGGUUGUUACUGCGUUUUAGAUGAUCAUCCUGUUUUAAAUGUUUUUCUGUAUUCAUAUAUUCAAAAAUAUUCUUUGCAUAUCUAUUAGGUACUACGUAGGCUCUAUUCUAAGUGAAGGAUAUAUGUUAGUGCACAAAGCACACAAAAAUCCCUGCCCACUGCACAAAGUUAGAAGAAAGUUAUAGUUCCACUUAUGUGAAUCAAACUUAAAUAUCUCAUGGGGGUCUUCAUUCUUUCUUCUUGAAGUUUUAAAACAAAAUGCGAGUGGAAAAAAUCUUGUUUACUAAAGUUUUAAUUAAGUAAUGUUUAGGUCUUUAUUUUAUUCCACCGUAGUUUGAAGAUAAAAUUAACGUGGAAGUAAAAAGCAUGACUUAAUGAAUUUUACUUGAUUCAAAAGUUCGUAUCUAUUUAAAAAGUAAAAUUUGUUUUUAGGAGGAUUUGGGUUUUGCUUUUUUAGAUAAUUAUAUAUAUAUAUAUAUUUCAGUUUUACUGUACUUUACAAAAGGAACUGUCGAUCUGAACUUUUACUUUUGAAGUACGUUUGCACAAAAUUUUAUAAUGACAUCCUGGAAUGCACAUUUGAAAGUUAUCUUUUCAAAUUCAAAUGACACUCACAAAAAGCUAUAAAUUAUUCUACCACUAAUAAAAAUAUUAAAAAGAAACAUAUUACCAAAAAACCCCUAACCUAUUUAAUGACAGAGAUUGAAAGUUAUGAUACGUAAAUUAAUGAGUUAAAAUGGAUCCUAAAUGUAUUAGAACAAGGUCAUGUUAGUAAUUUUAAUGAUGUAGUGAUAAAGUUAGGCUAUAUCUGGGUUGUGUUUGAUAUUAAAAGAUCAUAAUAGAUAUUAAAAAGAGGACAAUUGUUACCGAAAUCAUUAACUUCAAAGGAAUAUUAGAAUUAUGUAACAGUGAAGUUCUGCCAAUUAGUAGCCAAUAAAAAGUACAAGCACAUAUUUGAUCAUAGUCCAAAGGUUUUUCAUUUUUGCUGAUAAAUUCUUAAAUAAAUUAGUGGGUAUAAUUUACCACACUUAAAUUUCUGCAUUAAAAGCAUAAGUUGAUUAAGGUCACUAAAAUACUGAAAUGCAUUUUCUUCCACCAUACAUAUUUCGGGAAACUUUCCUUUCAAACAUUGUCCUACAGGCCAUGCCGAUUUUGUUUUGUCUUGUUUUGUUGCAGUAUAAACAGAGUUAGAAUGAAUCUGUACUGAUAGCUUAGCCCAAUUUAAGAACAUAUGGGUGAUGGAAUUUGGGGAUUCCAUGCAGUGUCUUCAAGCUUUGAUUUCAUAAAGUUUGGUUGUACUUGAUAUUCUUUAUUUCUUCAUCAAUUGCUCGGCCUUUCACAAUUCCCACCAGAGGUUGUGGAUUACACAGAAGGACUUUACUGGAGAUAUGAAAGCUGCUGAUGAAGAGGGAGAGAUUAUUCAUUCAUAAAUGUGUACCAUAUACAUAGAGAUGUCAACUUCAUACUGUUGGUAUCUACCCCCUGAAGCCCAAAUUUUGUUUGUGAUAGCCAAACCUAACAGUUGAUUAUGAAAAUGUUGACAUCUACGUUUGACCCUGCUAUAUUAUUUAACAGAGACAUUUUAUUUCACUAUUUAAAUUAAUCCUAAGAGAAUAAUAAACUAGAUAAUAAUUUAAAAAACCUAUACAAAAAGUACUGUUUGAAUUUUGCUAUUUGAUAACUUCGUAUAUUGUAAUCUACCCAAAGGAGCUAUAUAUAAAGACAUGUUUAAAACGUUUCUGGGUAAUCUGAAGUUUUCUUUAUUGAGCACUGAAUGUACAGGUUAUUUGUUUAUGUCAUGUUCCUUUUUUCUGAAGGUGAAAUAACUUCCAAAGUGAAAUAACAUGGCAGGGUAUUACCCAAGAUGUGCCGUCUUUUUCAAAUUAUUAUAGUCAUACUAGUCAGUUUGUUUCUAACUUUAACUAUAAUUCAUAAGACAAUUUGAGCCUUACAUUAUUUGGUUAUCAAUAUUAAGAAUCAAGCUAGCAUAACUGUUUGAAAAAUCCACAGCAAUUAUUUUUGCAUAAAUGAAUACCAGCAGAUAUGAUGUUAAUCUUUUAUCCUCUAAGUCUCACCUUUAUUAAUAGCAACCUAAAGUGUGGUGCCCUGAAUUAUGAUGUUUGUUAGUUAAAGUUAAAAUAUGUUGCUUUUAGAUUUAUGCCAAAUAUCCUCUGAUUUACAUUUCCCUUCAAAGUAGUCUUUAAGGAAGCAUCAUGGGGGAGAGCUGCAGCCAAAGGGUGCUGGGAUUGUCAGGUGAACUGAUUUUUUCCUUUGGCGUUUUUGAUUUAGUAGGCUCAAGCCUUGUUCUCUUCGAAGUGUAAAUUUUUGUUUUUUCGUUUAUUUUACAUACCAGGGCUUUUAAAAUUGCCGUUUCAAACUGCACUGAAUUUUACCAUUCCUUUGCAUAUAAUACAAAAGACUUGCUAAUAUACUUAUUGCACAGAAAAUAAAAUAGUAAAAUAAAUGAAUCUGAGGAAUAUUUUUGUUUUGUUUUAUUUCUCUGUCCCAACGGUGUUACUCUUAUACUGGGCAUGUGCCUUGACUAGACACUUAUGUCAGUAUAUUUUAAAGAUUAUUUUCAAUCCGAAGAGGCAUCCUUGAAUUAAAAAAAUACACACAGUUCUAUUUCAGUUUCUAGUGAAUUUCUGAGCCUCUUCCAUCUGCACCUAAAGAAGCUGAAAAAUAGUGUUGCGUUGUUGGACCACAGCACUUUCAGAUGGAGCCCCUGCAAUACAUCUUUCCUCCCCUAAAGUCUGGGGUUGACCACACAUAUUGGAUUGCAUACCAUAGGGGGUUGUCAACUGUCCUUUCAUCUCGUGUCUCCGCUUAAUACUGUUUUUGUGUAUUCUUUGGUCAUCUUGUUUGUUAGUCAUCUCUCUCUGUUUUCAUUUUUAUUUCCAAAACAUUCUUGUAUCCUCUUGGCUUUUUUUUUUUUUUUUUAACUGUUCUUUCUUUCCUUUCUUUCUUUAUUUCACCUUUGAUAGGUGGUAUCUCUUGAUAUAUAUGGACUACUUUUCCUAUUGAUCUUAAUUUUCUGAACUUUACUGGAUCUAUGCUAUUUACUCUAGAAUCCUGUGUGAUAGGCUUCACUAGGAAAGAGUGGAGUUUGAUCUGUCUCCUUGUGAGAAAUACUCUAAUGUUAUAGAGCUUCCAAUUCCAUUAAACUUGGGAACUACUAGCAAGAGUUUUACACCUUGGCUUGAAAUAACUCCCUUAGCAACCUGUCAUUGACUGAGAGCACCAUUCAGAAGGGAAAGGAAGUACUACAACAGUGAGUACAUUUUAUUUGCCUAAAAAAGAAAACCCAUAUGGUUUAUUAAGAGUAAACAUAGUUGAAGAGGCUCUAUUUAAGCAACUUAGACCACUGUCAGAAUACAAAAGUCAUUAGUUUUUUGUGCAGAUGGUUUUAUGCCUAAUCCAUCUAGAAGGUGUGUUCUGAGAAUAUUAGUUCUGCUAUUUAGUUAAAUACAUUUGGAAAAUGCUGGGUUAAAAAAAUUAAGCAUGCUUUUUUUUUUUUUUUUUUUUUUUUAUGGGACCUCUUUGAGCCAAUAACAGACUAAUAUGUAUUUUAUUGUAUCUUGUUUUUCUCCAUUUAUUUAGGUCUUCUGUAAUUUCCUUCAUCAGUGCUUUGUAGUUAACAUGCAACCUUGCUAAUAUCACUUAUUGGAUCUAUGAGCUUAUGUUCAUUUGCUUUGAGUGCUUUUGUUUUUUAUUUUUUUUAUUUAGAAAAUACUGUUGAACAUUCACAUCAGUUGAUACAUAUUUUAAUCUCUGAGAGAGAGAGAUACUAUGUAUUGCUUCACAAACUUAUUUGUUCAUGGAACUUUUUUUUUAACCUGUUAUAGAACCUGUUACAGAAAAUCUAUAGGACAUAUUUUGGAAAACGUCUUAGCUGUCUUGUUACCUUCUUUCUAGUUUUCAAAUUUUCCCAGCUUUAAGAUAGGGUGAAGAUUUAGCUUUAAAUAUAUUGUUUUAGAUAUUCCAAACUUCUUAAGAGGAACAUAAUAUUAUAUUUUUAUGUUAUAAAUAGAGACUAAAUAUAUAGUAAAAGGCAGUUAGUCCUCAAACAUGUUCUCUCAUCUUAUAACUCACUGGUCUUUUAAUUUUAUUUUAACUUAAUUCUAAUUCUAAAAACUUCUAUUUAUUAACAUUUAGAAAUUGUCAUUUGUGGAGACUACCAUUAGAGUUUUUAUAAUAUUGCUGUCCUUCUCUGUAAUUCUCACCCAAUAACCUACAUGAUGUUUACAUGUUCCAGCAGUAAGGCAUUUUCAUCAUCUAUUUGGGUUUUGAAUUUGUUAUUCCUCAAUAAACUAGUCUAAGACAAAAUCUGAAAUCCCUUUUUUUGUUGUUUUUAAGAUGACAUUUCAAAAAGAAAGUGUCAAAGCAAGUUAAUUCCAGUGGGUAAGUGAACAUUGUUAAGCGAAGGAGAUUCCUAAAAGACCAAAAAUUCUGUUUUGUUUCAACAUUUAUAUUGCUCUUUUACUAAUAGGCUUGUAUGUUCUAAAGCUUUUGAAUAAUAUUGUUUUAAUUAGUUGAAAGCUUGUUAAAAGCCUCCUGGAAAAUAAGCAAGCUCUUAUACUUAACUGCUCUUGAUCUCCCUUUCUUCUUUUCCUGGUUACAACAGUUAAGUGAGGUGAAUUGAUAAUCUUGGAUAGAAUUCCACAGCUCACUUGAGUGAACUAGAGGGGGAAAUAUUCUUAUUUUAAGAAACCUGCCUUUUCCAGGCACUUAUAAUUAUAAACAAGGGCAGAAUUUAUGGUUGGAUAAUAGCUAGUGAGAGUGCAAAAGUACUCUUUAAAUAAGUGGUAGAUACAUACUGUAAGUACCAGCUCUUUUAGAGCUUGAAGGGAUUAGAAUUUUAAGUAAGCACAUGAACGGGCUUGAUAACUAAAACAGUAGAAGGAGGUCAGAAAUUAUGUGUUGAUUUAUGAUUUAUGGAUGAUUUAUGUAGUCUUGGUGGGCACCUUUAUUAGUGAAGAGUCCUUUGUCAGACAUCAGGCCUAAGCGUAAUAGUCUAAUAUGAUAGUUUUCCAAUACAUAGUCUUUGAAUGCUUUUUGUAGCAAAGCUACUUCAGAAAAUAGAUUGCCCUAUAUACCCAAAGGAUUAAAAGGAUAUAAGAGAAGUAGAAGAUAGAUUUCCUUCCUUCCAGAAACCACCUAAUAAAUAUUAAUAAGGCCUCCAUCAGACCUAGAUGGUUCCAGUCUGGGAACCAUUGUUGGAAUGGUUCUUGAUUACAAUUUUGUUAUGCAUGUUAAACGAAUAGGAUAGCAUGAAGGAGGGAAGUGGGAAAGGCUAACAUUGACUUUUCAAAACUAGAAUAACUUUAAAGACCUUUUAUUGACACUUUUAUCUUGCCUGAAGUAUGCUCAUUUUUUCCCAGAUCAUGUGAUUAAAAAAUUAGGGUAAGCCUUUUUGGUCAUGCUUAACCAACAACUUACUAUAUAAAGUAAGAUAUUAGAAGUCAGUUUAAUUCUGUUUCUUUCUGGUUCAAAUUUUAAAAUGUAUGGGCUUGUGUUCUUCUUCUUUUUUUUUUUUUUUAAUGUUGGAAACCAUUUUUGGUACUAUUUAAUGAAUGAUUUUAGGAGAAUAUAAUGAUCAUUUUAUCUUGAAGAGACUAAUGUAAAUAAAGCUUAAAAUAAUGUGGAGAAAAUAUACUAAUUUUUUUCUUACCUCAUAAAAUCAUUAGAU